UCAAGUCUUUUUCUUCUCUACCAUUUCCAACAAAGCAGGGGAAAAAAGUCAGUCUUAGAAGAAGGAGACCGUCAGAGAGUUAUAAGCAGCUUUGCUUCCCGUGCUAUUGAGGCUCACAAGCAAUCUAAUAUCAAUGGAUCAUUGAACAAUAACCUCCCCAAAUCUUCAAGUAACAUUACUUUUUUGUCUGAUGAGAACCCAUUAACUACUCAAAACCCUUUGUAUGUGGAAGGUGUCACUCAAAGUCCCACUGCUGCUGGGUUUCUACGGAAAAGAAAUGAUACUCUAGAUACUCUGUCUCCUUCAAGACUAGUGUUGAGAGACGCCUCCUUGGGAGGCAGUCACCGUGCAUGGACGGUGCCAGCUCACGUUACGAAGAGACGCACGCCUGGUUCUCCGAGCAGGCCAGUUAUCAUGGACCCCAUUCAGUGGCAACAGGAGAGGCUCAAAGCAGAGAAUGAAGGAACUGAAAAUCAACAUAGCAGUAUUGAUAUAAGCAGUCCACUGUUUCAAAAAAUAAGUGGCCCCAAGUUAACUGUAAAAGAGAAGGCAAGACAGUUUGAGCAGCAGGCUUUGCAGGAAAUGAAGCAAGUGAAAUCUCCUGAUGUGAAAUCCAUCCGAUCACCAACACACAGCAUCUGUUUCCAAGGAGAGAAUGUGCUAGAGCAGUCUCCUAAAAGCGUGGUUGCUUCUCCUUGCCUUCGCUCUUCUCCUCUGUCCUCUCCAACACCUUGUGCUGAAGUCGCUGAACCGGAGGCCUCCGUGGUCCCCUCUGUAAUCAUCACUCACCACGACUACCCUGAAGAACUUUCUCCUCCACCAACUCGCAAACCAACUCCUCCAUCGUUUAGGAUAAAGAAACCAGUUUGCCAAAGUUUUCUAGCUCCUCAGACCAAAGAAGUUCUAGAAAGCAUUCCAGAUCCGCCUAAAAUCCCCCCACCCCCACCUCCACUGCUGCCGCCACCACCACCUCCAUCCCCUCCUCAGUUGCCACCCCAUCCUCCGCCUCUGCCUGCGGUUUCUCUUUCUUCUUCUUCCUCAUCUCCUCUUAGCACCCAGCACUUCUCCCCUGCCAAGCAUUCAAAAUCCCCUGCCAAACAGCCAGCUGUACCACCACCGGCCACCGUGCCAGAGCUUCCUCCCCGUAGGGAGCUGAAAGGUAUUCUGAAAAACAUUCAGAAUUUAGCAGCGAUCGAAAAGUCUGUGGCCAACAUGUACAGCCAAAUAGACAAAAACCAAGUCCUGCCCAAGCACGUUUCUAAGCUCAAACCGGUUGCAACACCAGAGCUGCCAACUCCAGAAGCUGUGGCUGAGCACAACCAGCAGAACGGCAGCCUGAGCUGUGUUGUGGAGGAGCUUGAGAAACGCUUUCCGUCUCAGUCGACAGCACUGUAAUAUUUACGGUUGGAUGUUUUCUGCAUGUACCAUUUUGAGUGAGGUGACUCUAAUGCAGCACAUGGUAUCUGCCUCAGACUCUCUAGAA